AAAGACGUCACGUCUUUGGGAUCGGGCGUUCGGGUUUAUAAAAACGUAAAAAUACGUCUUUGGCUUUGAAUGGGUUUAGGCUCCAUCUUCAAAUCUAAGCAAAAUCUCUUCCCCCACACCCAGACCUACUCUGCUGUAUCCGCCCACUCGAGACGCCGACGCCCCCUGGUGGUGUGUACUAUCGCACCAGUCAUCCGCCUCCUAUCUCAUCGAUCGUGUAAUCAGAUGUUUGUUCUUUUGGGCGUGAGAGAUGUAAGAGCACCCUUUUCGAUCAUCAUUUCCACUUAGGACCUGACUGGUGUUUCGCCUGAAGUGUAGCCCCGGAUCCCUUCCAUCCUGGUAGGAUGCUGUGAUGUAUUUGACGGGCUGAUCUCGACUCUCUCCCGUAUCCUGCCGCAGAGAAAAAGCUACAAAAGCGACCACUUAAAAUUCAUAGCAACAGGCAGUUUUGACCAAUUUCCUGGCAAGGGGGACUAGGACCAGGAGGCGUGAGAAGGAGAGGCGACAUGUACUGAACGCAGAGGCCGACCGGCGGAAUGAAGGCGGCGAGGAGACCGAGGCAGACACUGCUCCUCCCCCGGCUCUGCGUCUGUGCUGUCGGUCUGCUUGCAGCCGCCUGGGUGUUGCAUCUCCAUGAUGGCACAGACUCUAAUGGACCCACUGGGGACGGUGACAUCUUCUUCUCCAAAAAGGAGGUCAGCACACAGAAAGAUAACAACCAAACCACAGAUGCUAAAUCUGCCAUCAGUGAGUUCCCUGAAGACAUUUUCACUCUGGAGCAGAGGAGACAAGGAGCAGUCGUCCUUCAUGUUCUGUGUGCUGUCUACAUGUUUCACGCACUGGCCAUCGUGUGUGAUGUUUACUUCGUGCCAUCGCUGGAAAAAAUCUCAGAGAACCUGCACCUCAGCCAGGAUGUUGCUGGGGCAACCUUCAUGGCAGCUGGAAGCUCCGCCCCCGAGCUCUUCACCUCUUUGAUUGGAGUGUUUAUCACGAAAGGGGACGUAGGCGUGGGAACAAUCGUGGGAUCGGCGGUCUUUAACAUCCUGGUCAUCAUUGGCAUCUGUGGCGUCUUUGCAGGACAGCCGAUCUCUCUGAGCUGGUGGCCUCUUUUCCGUGAUGCCGUCUUUUACAUCCUGUCCAUCAUUGUGCUCAUCCUGGUGAUCUACGAUGAGAGAGUCCAGUGGUGGGAGACCAUUGUCCUGAUCUCCAUGUAUGGAAUAUACAUCAUCAUUAUGAAGUUCAACGGAUCACUGUGCAGCCUGGCAGAGAGACACUGCAGCCGCUCAGGGCAGCCAUGUUUGAGCAGCCUGCGUCGUGCUACGGCGGUGGGGAAUGCUGCAGACUGCGAUGCCGACAUUGUGCCGCUGAAGUCAGACACUUGCGCGGCGGUCGGCCAAGAAUCGAGCGUGGUGAUGGUGGAUGAGCUGCUCAGCCUGCAGCCGCACCAGCUCACGUUCUCAGAGGCAAGCCUCCGCCUUCUCAUCACUUCGCAUUUCCCCCCCUACACCCGCAUGCGCAUGGCAGGACGCAUGGUCAUCAACGAGAGACAGAGGUUGAUCCGGGCUCAGGGCAGCGCCAAAGAGGGAGGAGCGCCGGCGGACGACGGAUCCGGUGCAGGAGGGGAGUGGGGGAGAGAGAACGGGUCAGCGGCCGAGGCAGACGGUCAAGCGUUGGAUGUGGAGAGAAGGGUGGGGAAGGAGACUGGGUGGGAGGUUGGAGGCGGAGCUAAAGAGGAGGAGGAGGACCAAGAAACGGAUGGGGAAGAGGAGGAGAACGGAGCAUUCAAACCUUUCAUCAUACCAGAUGGCUGGUGUGUGCGAGCCAAGUGGCUGAUCUCCUGGCCAAUCAGCCUCCUGCUUCACUGCACCGUGCCCGACUGUAACCUUCCACAGUGGGAACACUGGUACCUGCUCACCUUCCUGACCUCCACGCUCUGGAUUGCCCUCUUCUCCUACCUCAUGGUCUGGAUGGUGACCAUCAUCAGCUACACACUAGGAAUUCCAGAGGUCAUCAUGGGCAUCACCUUCCUGGCGGCCGGCACCAGCGUACCUGACUGCAUGGCCAGUCUCAUUGUUGCCCGACAGGGCUUGGGCGACAUGGCCGUGUCCAACUCCAUCGGCAGCAACAUCUUUGAUGUGCUGCUGGGCCUGGGCUUCCCCUGGGCGCUGAGGACGCUCGUUGUCAGCUACGGCUCAGUGGUGACAAUCAACAGCAGGGGCCUGGUUUACUCUGUUAUCCUUCUCCUGGCCUCAGUCAUGCUCACCGUCCUGUGCGUCCAUCUGAACCGCUGGAAGUUGGACCGCAGGCUGGGCCUCUGGCUCAUGCUGCUUUACGCAAUCUUCCUCCUUUGCGCUAUCAUCUUUGAAAGGCUAUAGAGGAUAAACACACACACACAUUGGCUUUUUUCACUGGGAUGGAUCUCAUGCCUCUCGUCUUAAGAGCUCCCUUUUGAUAUGAAUGAGUAUUUUACAUGGUUUUGUACCUCCACCUCAGCACACCACCCACACAAGUUUAUAAAACACACUUUGAACUCUAACCGCUGUACUUUAUAUGGAUGACAUGUCAUGCAGUUGCUUGUGUUUGCACAUAGCUGAUGAUCUUUCUCAUGUGUUGUAGUUGCACGGCUGGUAGUUGCACUGUGUGUGUGUGUGUGUGUGUGUGUGUGUGUGUGUGUGUGUUGGGCUUUUCCGUGCUCUGAAAAAGACAAAAACUUGUUUACAAAGUGUUGGAAUGUUUGUACGGGGAAGGAGUGCUGCCUCUGUUAUUGUUGGGCAAAAUGAAAACACUGCGUUAUGUAAAAGAAAAAAAAGAAAAAAAAAGAUUUCUUUUCAUUGGCUGCGGGUUUGUGAUGCCAGAGGGAGUAGAACAGUUGGUGGGUAGAAGGUUUUUUUCUUGGUACUGAGUCUAUUUUUUGCAUUUACUUACGCUCAUCCCUCGUUUAUAGCGCUUAAUUAUCCAAACCUGAUUUAGAUCUUUUGGCAAUAUAGGAUCCAAUGUUAAUAAAUGGAAUAGUUUCGUAGUUAGAGCGUAGAAAAAGUGUUUAUGACUUUCCAAAUGCAGUUUUUAACAUUAUUAGACGUGAAAUAACACCCCUACAGUCAUUCAUUAUUCAUUGUCACAUUGCGCAACUCUUACGCUGCAGGGACUCGAGACGGCAGCGAGCUAACCACUUAGCCUCAAAUGUAUUUCUUCGAAACUUAAGAAGACAUUUACCAUGUCCACACAGAAUGGGAGGAUAACUUUUUUUUUCACUCAAAUCAUGUGGGACAUGCCAUGGCUGCCUUCAUGCAGUGUUAAGGUAAAGUCAUUUAGGGUAAUGGCUCAAUGUUUUGUGUCCUUACUGCCGCCUAGUGACCACAAUUUACAUAUCACUUGUAUUUCCAUAUGUUUUGACUAAUAAUAGACAAUAGUUUACCAUGACAUGGCGAUCGUUGAUGACUUCAUUUCUGAGAAACCACGAUAUAGCGAGGGACGACUGUGUCGUAAUUAAGAGGGACAAUAUCUGCACACGACAUAUGCUGAACUUUCACAUUUAAAACAGCCUAACUUCAAUGAUAACCGAAAGUUGAAGUGGGGCGCUGUACUGGCCCCCAUCAGGUGUGGAUGACGACGCUGUCCCAAGUCAAAACAAGCCAGGAGCUGUCUCAGGUCAGUGAGACCGCUCUUAAAGUGACAACAGUCAGAAGUGCUUGUGUUUUGUGCUUUACACAAUAGUACAGUUACUGAAAUGGUUAUGCUUUCAUUUAUUUCAAACAUGCACACUUCAUGUUAUAAUUCACAAUUCCACAUCCCAUAAAGACAAUUGCUAACAUUUAUUUAUGUUUGAAACAAAACAGACAACCCCUGUUGAUAUCAUCUUUAGUGUUCUACUGUGAGUGUCAUUGAAUGUCGAUACAUGGGUUCCUAAUUGUACUACUUUCUCGAGCAGGCCCUUGCAACAAUGAUAUCGAUGUCAAAUGAUAUCAAGUGUAAUCCUUCUAAUCACAUGGUACUUCCUUUGUGUGUUGUAUCCGGUUUCCUUGUUGUCAUGGUGAUAAGAUGUUUAAUAUGUAUUCAGAAGCACUCUUGCAUCUCCUGGACCUCCAUUUAGCUUGACGUAGAGUUCAGCGUCGGUGCUCCAAGCUUUGUAUCUUUUACCGCUUCAAGUCUCGUGCUUUCUUGGCACGUUUUGAUGCUCAUUCAUGCAGUGCAGUGUUGAAUUCCGUUAGUGGACUUGAUGACCGGUGUGGUGGCGUUUCUGCCUUAUAGUGGGAUGCAAGCGUGAUGGUGUUGGUAUCCACAUCCACCUCCUUUGAUUGUAGAAGGUUGGCAAUCUGUUGCUUUGUUGAUGGAACAUCCAUUCCAUCUGGUUCUCCUCCAUUUUGGUCUGCCCUCUCCUUGCACUUUCGUUCAUUUGUGCAUUCUGCUCCAUCUCGUCAAUUAUAUUUUCCUUUGCUUCUUUCUCUUCCUCGGGAGAGGAAACCAAACCACAUCAUUCAAAUGAAAAGUGAUGUUUAUUUCAGUCAGGCUCUGUCACCGAACCAAAGUAACAAAAAAUAAAAAUAGUACAACAAAGUACAUCAUUUUACAAAUACUCAGAAUGGAAGUCUGACAUAUUUGAACAGUCAAAUGAAUUUAAAACAUGUCACAGUCAUAACCAAAAAGUACAAACAAGGCAACACAGUACACAGAAUGUUUAGAAAGAGCCAUAUACGUGGUAUAAAUCUUCACCACACACUUGACAAAACUUUACUAGAAAAGUCUCCCAAUAACGAUGGAAUAUUACGUAAUCUAUUUUCAAAAAUCAAAAGAAUGAUGCGAGUGUGCGUUCAUUGGGCUGCUGACGAUGUCACCGUGAGUGGUUUCUACUACGACGUCUCUGUGAAAAGAACGUGCCUUUUGGAGUCCUACUGAACUAACACCAAGCUACGAUAUGCAAAAGACAUAAGCUGCUUCAUAAGACGUUAAAAGUAAGACGAUAUGAGCUCCCUUUGGUGGAGAAAUAGGAAUAAAGACAUGAGGGUACGCCGUGUUGUCUCCUCUGAUGAGUCCUGUGUACCUGUGUUAGCUUGACAUUUGUGUUCAGUAACAGGCCGAGCUGUGUGGCAGCAGCUGAACAUGUCAGAGCUUUAGAUGUUGGUGAUGAAACCACCCUCAAUGGAUAAACUCUCCAAGUACACAAAUGCCACCACAGAAGUCCACUAGAACAAUAACAUUAAGAAGAAUUCUCCAGCCACGUACGCUUUGUGUUUUUGCGUCCUCGCAUCCAGAAAGUACAAAUAGAUCAUUUGGCAGGGAGGGGGGAGAAAUCCCCCGAAACACUCCACAGUGCAGAUAAUUAGCUGGGAUGCUACUCCCGGGAGCGCCCGUGGAGACAGCUGUUGCUAUGGUUACCGCACGCUCGCUUGUCCGUGUGUAGCAGCAGUCCGAGACAGUGUGUACGUAUUCGUGUGUUAAGACAGCACGCCUGAGAGGCAUCGCAGGCAGGUUGGCGGUUCAGUUUGAUCUGCACUUCAACUGAUCUGAGGUCUGUUUUGUUUUGGUGCCCCCCACCGCCCCCAUCCCACCCGUGUAGAUAUCGACUCUUGCUGCUGAUCAGCAAGGUGGUUGAGCUACAUUUAAACAGAAAGCGUCCUUUAGUGCGGCAGCCUGAUGCGUUCCUUUGCUUAAAUGGGGGCGGGCGUCUUGUGACAGAGGGGGAGGGGGGAGACUAACUAAUUGGUGUGAUGUCACUCGGAGGCGAGGUUCUGGUUCUGCUGGUAGAUGGAGGCUUUAUCCUUGAGCAGAGCCAGGCACAGGUGGCAGCUCCAGCUCCCUGCAAGAAGAGAAAAAAAAAAGCUUGUCGUUGAAUAAGACAUCUUUUAACUUACAGCUCAGUGACUGACGUCUUACCCUCGGGAGGUUCGGUCAUGGGGGGAGAAAGGCAGUACAUGUGAUAGCCUCGGUCGCAGUCAUCACAGAACAGCAGCUGGUCCUGCGAGAGAAACAAAAAAAAAGUUGGAUGCUUACAUUUGCGGCGGUUAGAAAUGAAAGCGUGCGUCAUUGCAGCAACACUCCUCAGAAUGUUCAGACCAGCUGGAAAAUAGCAAGAACGUACAUUUUGCACUGUUGGAUCUUAAGGAGGUUCUAAGUAGAAAAAUGCAAAAAGAAAAAACGGGAUAGACAAAAAAAAAUUGAGUGAGCAAUUUAUUGCAAAGAAGCACUGAAAACCAGCGGGUCCCAACUUUAAGACCAUAGCUCAAAAAAACCCCAAACCCCCCUAAAAUACAAAUAAAAUGUAGAACAAAGGGGUAGCUUAGCAGCUAGUUCUUUUUAAUGAGGUGAAAAAUGGGUUUGGGUGUGCUUGAUGCCAGUGUUUCCAGGAGGCUGGUGGGAAUGUUGCUCCAGGUGGUGAAGAUGGCUUCACUGUCUGGAACUGAUGUCCAUUUUUGUAAAUCCAUCCCCAAAUGUUCUCCAUUGGAUUUAGAUGAGGGGAACACGCAGGAUGGUCCAAAAGAGUGAUCUUAUUCCUCUGGAAGAAGUCCUUUGUGAGGUGCAGCGAUGUCCUGUUGAAAAAGCCAGUCAUGACCACACAGACGAGGGCCUUCAGUCAUGAGGGAUGCCCCCUGAAACAUCUCCACAUAGCCGGCCACCGUUUGACACCCCUGCACAACCUGAAGCUCCAUUGUUCCACUGAAGGAUGUGUCCACUGUGUCGUGUGGAAAACAUCUCAGGUGGGAUCUCCUUGUCAUGCCAGUAAUGUUGGAAGCCAUCAGGACCGUCAAGGGAGAAUAAAACUUCCUUCCACCUUUCAAUGUCCCGUGUUUGGUGCUCUCCUGCAAAUUCGUGCUUCUUUCUUCUUAAAAGCCUUCUGGCAGAUGGCGUCUGGUUAUUGGACUGCACUCGGCACCAGUAACAACCUUCCUUUGGGCCGAGGAUGGUCCCGUGUCUUGACAGUCAGUGGGAUCCUCCAGUGACAUUUUUUUGGGUCUACCACUUUUUUGUUCCGUGACCCUCAGGAUGUUUUUCAGAAGUUUGAAGUGACUGUCCUCCUGCGUCCAACCUCAGCAGCAAUGGCGCUGCAAGAGGCCUCACUUAUGCAGCUCAACAAUCCCACCGCCUUCAAAGAGAGAAAGCUGCUUUGCCUUUGCCAUCAAGAGAUGAUGACAGUGUGAACACCUGACACUACAUCACAUUCAAUCCACAUUUUAAAGACUGGUCUUUUGAUCAGCUGAUGAAGCGCCUACAGUAUUUCACUUUACACUUUAAUGCUUCUUUGCAAUAAAUCGCUCGCUCAAUUUCUUUUUUCUGUCCCAUUUCUUCUUUUUGCAUUUUUCUACUUCGAACCUCCUUUAGAUCCAACAGUGCAAAAUGUACAUUAUUACUCAGAAGUGUAUUAGACAUCCGUGGGAGCUGUUAGAGAACCUUCAUGUCCAUUGGUUGCUGGUGACCUUGUGAAAUGUCUCCACAGAAGGGUAGCAAUCAUAGCAAAGAAAAUGAUUUAACUGUCUGUGACUUGUCUUCAAAGUGAAUGGUGAGUACACAACUCAUUGUUUAGCAGUUAAAUCGUAUCUCUAAAUCUUGUAUAACAAUUAAGAAGGAUAACAUGUUAUUUUUACACUUGUAUUAUCAAGAACGUUAACAUAUCAUUAGUGUUCAAUUCAUUCAUUAACUAGAGACAGCAGCCUAAAAUGUGCUCACGUCAUUCUCCGAGGUGCCGCAAACAUUGCAGCACUUGCACUCGAUGCACUGCCAACGGUAGGUCUUCACUGCGGCCAUCAUCACGGGCGUGAACUGCAGACAUGUCGGGUGGCCUGCAGGGGCGGACGUGACCAGGCGCAACCAUGAAACCGGUCGCAAGCAACCGUCUGACUUGGACACCACAUGCAUGCACAGUAUUAAGCAGUGAUGGAGACAAAAGGCCCGUCCGUACCCGAGCGUCCGCAGUCUGAGCAGGACACAAGCUCCUCUGAUUGGCCGGUCUUCUGGUUCAUGGUCGAGUCUCCCAGACAGAAGUCGCAGUAAUCGUUGGGCAUCGCUAGUCCAUUUGGACCCUUCUUAUUGGCUACACGGGAGAAGAGAGAAACGACACAAGUUAGUGAGCUUACUCGAAAGGAAGGUUUCCAACAGGACGGGCCAACUUCACUGCAUGCACGCGCAAAAUCUCACAUACAAAGUUUUAACGUAGCAAGAACACGCCUUCACUGAAUCAUUAUGUGCAGACGUGCGCUGCAUCAUUCUAAUAUUCUGCUUACUGUAUUGAGACGCUAAAUAUUACACAAUACAACCACAAUGAGGAAUAUAUUAUGAGGAAAUACAGUACCGCUAGCUUUGGAAAGGGCAGAAUUCCCGAUACAGGUCUCCUAUUGGAGCUGAUUAGCCUGCAGGCGUGUCUUGGAUGAGUAACAGGGGGUCCAAACACACCGUGAAAAAUGAAACAAUGCAGUGGCCACUUCUACAUUUAGGAAAAGACACGCCAAGAAGUUAUAUACUGCAUAUUACAGGAAAAAAGAGCAUCUCAACUUGCUGCUUAAAUAAUCUUGGCAAAUUUUUGUAAUUUUUUUUCACAAAUUUGCAGCUUUUUUCUUGUUAGGAAGCAACUUUUUUGUCUUCAUAUUGUGACUUUAUUCUUGUAAAAUUUUAACUUUUUUCCCCCGUUUUGUUGUUGUUUUUGUACCCAUCCAAUUGCCAGUGUACAUUUUCUCCUCUUAAUUUUGACUUUAUUUCGUAACAUUGUCACUUUUUCCGCAACCUAAUUUUCCUAAAAUUGAAACUUUAUUCGUUGUUUUGAACAUUUCAAUUUCAUGCUGCUAAAAUGGGUUAUUUUCCCUAAUAAUAUUAUGUUAUUCUUGUAAAAUGACGACCUUUGCAAGAUUACGAUUUUUCCAUGAGAAUUACUGAUUUUGAACCGUCCAACUGCUGCCACUGUAAAUGUUCUCCUUGUAUGUGUUUUUGCACUUUGGAUGCUACUUCUCAUGUUUGUUCAACUUUCCCUUUCAAUUUGGUAUCCAAUUAAUCUGCAGAUUUAAAUCAGCGAUUGCAAGCCGGCAAAAGUGAAGCUCAGGUUCCAAGCAUUCAAAGUGAAGGAUCCCAACAUCCGGCUGAAAUAAAACAUACUUUGAUACUUCAUCUCCAAGAGAAACUGACACCUUAUCUAUUUAUCAGCGCUCAUGGAGAACCAAGCACAACACAAACGCUUCAACCACAAUUACUAUCAAAUUAAUUAACCAAUUGAUCAUGUUUAAUAUUUCAAUUUCAUGUAAAAAUGUGUGCAACAAACCGUUUGGGAACCAUUGUAUUACGUUAUUCUCCUAAAAUGACGACUCUUUCUCGCAAGAUUACGUUUUUUUAUUAUGAGAAUCACUGCUGAUUUUUCCGUUUUGCUGGGUUUUUUUUCUUUUUUUUGUUAGUUUUCUUGUUAAAUUCUAUAUUUUUACAACGUGCUGCAGUCCACAAAUGGCCCCCAGGCUGCACUUUAGACACCUUAAGCUUGUCUUAAGCAAAGCAGUAUUUUCAAAACGACAGAGGAAAAACAACAAUGGAAGAAGCUGAUGUCAACUCAAUUAGCGUGAUAAUGCAAGUUUUUCGUGCACAAAUCGUUGCGGUAAAGAAAAGAUGGAUAUUACAGCAUUGAGUAUCACAAACACAGGGUCUACUGCAGUGGUUCUUAACCUGGGUUCAAUCAAACCCUAGGGGUUCGGUGGAGCCUCCGCCACGGAGGUUAAGACACACUGGACCCAUCGUGUCAAUUCGUAAUGACACGCCGCUGCUUAGCCAUCACUGGCUGCAGAUAAUCACAUUACAUUGCUUGCCUUGGCCAAUCAGUGCUGCGAAGAAUUUAGCGCACUCAUGGUGUGUUCCAUUUGUACUUGGAAGUCAGAAUUUCCAAGUUUCUAGCGGAAACGCCCGACUGAAACGCCACCCGAAGUCGGAAUGUUCAACUUGGAAGUCAGAGCAUCCACACCACCUCUCAGUUAACAAUCAAUGAUGGCUGCCUUGUGUGUAAACAAUAAAUAAUCAAUAAAUAAUUUAUAACAAAUAUUCCUAAGUGUAAAGUUUUUCUGACUUGGCAACUGGACCACUUUUAACUUGGAGAUCACGUCACUCUCACUCCGACUUCCCAGUUCCGAGUACAAAUGAAACGCACCAUCAAGUAGUCAACGUGUAACUGAUGUGCUAGCACGUCCUGUGAUUUCGUUCUUAAUAUUUCAAUCCAUACUAACCAUGUCGAGCAAAAAAAAGUGGUGGGACGAAUAUGUACAGCAUGAAUUCACAUGUAUCACGGACCGUGAUGGGAGUCGGCGUCCUGUCUCCGUCAUUUUGUGCACCAGUAAACAAACAUAUACCUAUGUCUUGAAUUUGAAAAAAAAAAGUAUAUUUUAUUUUUCACUAAAGAAGGGUUCGGUGAAUGGGCAUAUGAAAAUGGUGGGGUUCGGUACCUCCAACAAGGUUAAGAACCACUGGUCUAAUGCAAACUUUGACAUCCUGACAAUAAAAAAUAUGGAGGACGGAAGAACCAAAAAAAAGGAUGAGGAAGUGACUCAUCAGAAAACACACAUGCUACAACAUAGCAUGCAAGCCCACGCCCCUCUUUCUCUCCUCAUCUCUCCAUCUUUCCCUCGCAGCACUUGAGAGUGACUCACUCUUCUGCUCCUCAGGCUGGCGAGGAGUGGGUGGUGCCUCGAUCUCUUCGCGGUCCUCGCCCUCCUCCUCGGCCAGGUGAGAAUGUGUAUAGUGGUAGCUCAGGCCCGGACGGUUCUUGUAGCGCUUCCCACAGACUGACACACAACACACACACACACACACACACACACACACACACACACACGGUCAUAGACAGGGGUUAUAGUGAUUGUGGAAUGACCGUCCCAAAUAGAAAGAAGAAAGAGCUCUCAGGUGUAACCAGGAAAGUGGCAUUCGUUGCCUCGCGACCAGCAAGCAUUCCUUCUUCUUUAUCCUUACUUGUAUUUCUUCAGGUUACGGGCCAGUAGCAAGCAAGCUCAACAGCAGAGGAGAGCACUGGCACAGCAGGCUGCCGCUAACAAGUACAGAUCACAAAAGAGCGCCAUGGGGGUGGGGCUGGGGCUGGGGCUGCUUGGCUUCCAGUCAAGCACCUUUCUAUACUUAAGGAGUCUUUUAGAUCACAUCGUGCACAGAAGAGGCCGUACGUUGUUGCUGUCUUUCAGCAGGAAAAGCAAAAAGCUCUCUUGCUGGCAUGCACGAAGCCCACACGGGUAGCGGGAACAUGUUAUUUACUCACUGUCGCAGGCGUAAGGUUUGUCUCUUUCCUCCAGAGCAGCAGCUGCAGCCUCACUUUUCUUCUUGCCGUUCUUGUCACUGCGCCCCUAACGCACCCAGAGAGAACGUGUGAUCUUGCGAAUUGCACGAGUGCGUACACUUGGCAAAGAGUUGCCACUCACUUUGGAUUUGCUCUUGCCUCGCCUCUUGGGGGUCUCAUCCUCAAAGUCUUCAUCAUCCAAGUCGUCCAGAUAGUCAUCGUGGUCCAAGACUCUCUGCGGUGAGAAAAGUCAAGUUGAGUACCUUUUUAAGCACGCCUGUGGUCUCCCAGCUUCCCAACACCUUGCAUGAGACCUGUCACCAGAACAAAUUGUGCUGGUGGAUAACUGUGCAACGAGUUAUUGGCAAGAAUUGAAAUUAUCAACAUUUUAUGAGACCGUUUUUUAAAUUAUUGUCAUGAGGUGUAAUUCCCAUUUGAACCACUAGAUGGUACCCAAGUAUAGUGUACCUGUGUGAGCCACAUUAGCUCCACACAAGUUGCGUGCAUGUAUGUUGUUUCAAAUGUAUGCCAUAUAACCGUAUUGAAUGGUUGCAUUUAUUUUGCACUGCGGCGAGCGACACUCUCUGUGAGCUCGCACCAUUUUUCACUGUUUUGUUUAUAUUUACACUGCGGACCAAACGCCUCAAGCAUUGACUGUCGGGAUGAAGGCUCCGCUGCCCGAGGUACGUCCAUCAGUUGUUCUUUUGUUGAGAAGGUUGAGAAAACUGUGUUCAUGCACUCACCUUGUUCAAUCGGUUUAAAACCGAAAUAUUCCCACUCUGGGGCUGUCAGCUGUGGUAUUCGCCUCAGAAACCAUCGCUUGCAUGCCAUCAUUCAUGUUAGAGUAUGCUAUUUCACGAGGCUAACUGCUAACCCUCUGUAGCCACUCACUAAUAGCCUGCCUCCACAAAGAGGCUGAAUGAGAUGACUGCUCAGUCACUCGGUUCAUUCCACUAUAGAACCAACGCGCACUGACAGAUGCAGAGUGAACCCUCGUCAUCUGGCCUGUGUGGCACACGCAUACACGCACAUGUCAGUUUAUCCAGGGCGUCAUCAUUAUCGACCUGUUGUUUUUUUUUUUAACUACAAAAAUAUUCUGUUUAUUAAUAUUGAAUCCCACUUCAUGGAAAUUCACUUACCACAUUCGAGUCUGGAACCAAUUAACCGCUAUAAAUGAGGGACGACUACAAAAAAAAAGGAUGCAAAGGCCACUUUCAUGUUUUGUAAAUAUGUAUUUCAAGAAAAUCCUGCAUCUCAGCUUUGUGGCAUCAGUGAAAAAGCCAAUUCCCAACAUCAAAUUUCCACUUUUUUCCCCAUUUUUGCUGUUGUGUUUUUUUCUAAUGAAAAAAAAAAUGUCUUUCCAAACUUGAAAAUGCUUUUUAGUUUGUUUUUUUUUUAACUUCCCCCCAACCUUAUUUUCUAAAAAUUACAACUUCAUUUUUUUGUUUAAGCAUUUUUUUCUUUUAUAUUUCAACUCUGUGCUACUAAAAUUAAAUUAUUUUACCUCGUAAUAUUGCAAGUUGACGCUCAUAAACUUUUUCCUCUUGAAAGAGUUUGACUUUAUUCCUGUAAGAUUAUAAUUUACCUAACUUACAAAAAAAGUUCUUUCUUCAAUAUUUCAACUUGAUGCUACUAAAGUGACCUUGAGUUUCCUUACAAUGUCACGUUCUCCUCAAAUCACAACUUUUUUCUCUUCAUAUUUUGACUUCAUUCUUGCAAAAUUACUGCUGAUUUUUCCAUUUUUUCUUCUUAAAUUAUAUUUUUAGAAUGUGCAGCAGGCCAAUAAAAAAAAAACUGCCGCCUGCCCCAAAUGGCCCCCAGGCCGCACUUUGGACACCCGUGUGUUAAGCCAAGCGGUAAGAAUUUAAAAAGCAACAACAUAUUGACAUCGUUUAUGCAAUGGGAGAAGUGCUUGUAGCCUGACCUUGCGGACACGUCCAGAAGACGUAUGAGUGGCUGUGGAGCUCGCAGGGGGCUCCGCGGUGGCCGCAUCGUCCUCAGGACCACGGAUGUCUGCCACGCCGCUCCUCCUGUCGAGGGGCUCGCCCUUCAGCAAAGCCUCCAGACUGCUGCCGUCCACCGCGCCUAAGGCAUCACGCUUCAGGCCCAGCUCUAAAUCCGCUGCACACGCACGCAUGCACAACAGCGGACACGUCUUACUGAAAUGUGUUUGAUGUUUUUGUAAAGGGUGUGUUGUGAUACCUGCUUUGAGAGGCGGGGAACGCCAAUCGGGGGUCCUCAGGCGGGUGAGAGCGUCGCUUCUUCCUCCAGCGACGAGCUGGGUAAGUGUACAGCUGACCUGGAGCGACACCUGACCAACACAUGGAAGCACCAACAGUUGGCAUACUAUGAUGUGUGCGUGUGCGUGUGCCGUAGGGCUGCACCAAAAAAAAUCUUUAAAAAAAAAAAAAAAGCAAUCUCGAGUCACACUAACAUGCGAUUUAAUUUCUAAAUAAGGUUUUUUGGUUUUGCCUUAACGAGCUGCAUCGCAAACAAGCACUGCCAUUCACACAAGCACGGCGGACUCGCUCUCCCCGUCCACCAGGGACCCCCGGCAUGCUGGCUAUCAUUCAUGAGCUCUCAGGAGACGCGACCUGCAUGAAUUAUUUGACUUUUCUUAUGACUUGUCCUUACGAUGUGCAUGAAUGUA